AUGCCCGCGAAUGCCGACAAGUCCAGGCAGACCUCGGCCGGAAAAAGCUUUUUUGGGAGGAAACUGUACAAAGACAAGGCACCGGAUGAUCGCUACGAUGGGUAUGGAGGUUCCUACGACAGCCUGGCCCCGCCGGGCAGCGCCGCCGGCUCUCGCUCGUCCCGCUAUUCAAAGCGCUCUUCAAUCCAGUCUGUCGACAUGACCCAUGAUCUCGACCCAAGCAUCAUGUCGUCCACUGCUGGUGUCAUCACUUCUAUUCCCUUUGAAAGUCUUCCCUCCGACACAAGAACGCCCAUCCCCAUCGACAACACCCGACCUGAAUCCCGUCAAGAACCCUCACCUAACCACAUUGGCAAGACUGGCGGCGACUAUCAUCAAUACCCCGUAUGGACCUCCACUUCUGCGCCAAAUGGGUCGUCAUCGCAUCCCUCUGGUCCUCGCCCGCCUCCACAUGGGUCGAACACAACUAUGACAAGCAGUGCAUCAGGCGAUCGCGGGACUAGAUAUCAACAAUGGGGACGCCCAGGCAGCUCAAGUGCCAAUAACGGCUUGAGUCACAAUUCCUCCAUUGAUUCUUCGUCGAACUCCCGAACAUCACUCGACCAAGCCAGCUUAUAUUCAUCUCAUUCUUCUAAUACCCGCGGUUCCAACUACUUCUCUAAUUCCGAUGGCUCUGGCCGCACGCUCACGCCGUCGCAUUCAAGUGAUCGCAAUGCAAUUGCCCCCAGUGGAAGUGCCGGCCGAUUGUCCAAUGCGCAGUCUGCCUGGCAAGCUUCGCAAGCCUCGCAGAAUAUUCCCGCAGCCGUACCCCGGCCAUCUGAUCAAUACCUGACUCGGCCAAGAGACGAUCGUAUAGUGGACCAGCUGUUUCUGGAACUUAUGAAUAAACGAGGCUGGCAGAAUCUUCCUGAACAGGCCAAGCGACAAAUGCUAUCUUAUCCUGCCUCGAAAAAGUGGACUUUGGUUCACCAGGAUCGAUUGACGGAAUUACAAGGAGAACAGAAGAGAAGGCAAAAUGCCCGUCAAACUCACGGACAUGAUGGAUUGUCGGGCCUCUUGGAGCGUGCUGACGAAGAAGGAAGCCCAGAGUGGUAUGUGAAGAAGGUUAUGGACGACACAAUUACUUCCAAGCAACUUGCAAGUUUAAGUGUCAGUCUGCGAACCCAACCGAUCAGCUGGGUGAAAGCUUUUGUUGAAGCUCAGGGUCAAGUUGCUCUGACAAAUGUUCUUCAAAAAAUCAAUCGACGAAAAGCAUCUGGCCCGGUCCCAGCUCCCCCGACGGGCGACAAGGACCUUGAUCGAGAAUAUGAUAUCGCCAAAUGUUUGAAAGGUCUCAUGAAUAACAAAUAUGGUGCGGAUGAUGCGCUUGUGCACCAGGGUGUGCUUGUUGCCCUUGUCAGCUCUCUAUCAUCCCCUCGUCUCAACACUCGGAAGCUUGUCAGCGAAGUCCUCACGUUCCUGUCCCACUGGGCCGAUGGAGAAGGCCACCGGAAGGUCCUCCAGGCCAUGGACAAGGUCAAACACGACCACAACGAAACCGGCCGGUUCGAUGCCUGGAUGCGAAUCGUGGAGGUCACCAUCGAUGGUCGUGGUAAAAUGGGAAGUUUGGUCGGCGCCAGCGAGGAGUACCGCAGUGGAGGCAUUGGCAUGGAGAAUCUCCUAAUGGAGUAUGCUGUCUCGACGAUGAUGCUCAUUAACAUGCUGGUGGAUGGUGCUGAGACUGACCUGCAAUUGCGGUGUCAUAUUCGUGCCCAAUUCACAUCAUGUGGAAUCGUACGUCUUUUGACGAAGAUGGAAGGUUUCCAAUAUGAGGCAAUUGACAAGCAGAUCGAACGCUUCCGUGAAAAUGAGGCUAUCGAUUAUGAAGAUCUGCUCCAACGGGAGGGGAGCAGCAUGAAGGACAGUGUUGAGGGCGAGGUCAAGGAUAUGAGCGACCCUCUUCAGAUAGCGGAUGCCAUCGCAACAAAGAUCAACGGCACUCGGUCUCAUGACUACUUUUUGUCGGCCAUGCAGCACAUGCUUCUCAUCCGGGAGAAUUCUGGUGAAGAGGGCCUACGCAUGUUCCAGCUCGUAGAUGCCAUGAUGAGCUAUGUUGCUAUGGACCGCAGGCUUCCCGACCUUGACUUACGCCAGGGACUGAAUUUCACCGUGCAAAGCCUUUUGGAUCGACUCCAUACAGAUGCUGAGGCAAGGCGAGUGUACGAUGAGUCGCUGGAGGCUCGCCAAAUCGCCGAGGCAGCCAUCGCCGAGCGCGAUGAGAUGAGAGCACAGAUAGAGCUCGGUGCGGAUGGUCUCGUCAAGAAAUUGCAGAAGCAGAUUGAGGAACAAACUAGUAUUAUCGAACUUCAGACACGUCAAAACGAGUCGAUGAAAGCCGAGGUAGGAGAGGUUCAACGGCUACGUGCCCAAGAAUUGCAACGCAAUGAACUAGAAACUCGAGAGCUGUAUCUGAUGCUUCGGGAUGCCCAAGACAUCGCUGCGUCAAACGCUCGGAAGCUUAACCAGACAGGCGAAGCCGAUCCAUCGCAGAUGCCUGGAAUUAUGGAUCGGGAACGUCUCAUGGAACGCCUGGAGCGCCAGCUAGAGAGAACCAAGACCCAGUUCAAGCUUGAGGGCAAGGUCUGGGGUCAACUUGAUAACGGCCCAUCGGACCGACUGCGUGAGCUCCGUGAGCGGAUGGAUGGUAGUGCGGAUGCUAGCGAGGAAUUUGCUGAGCAAACCCGUCGCACUAUGGACUCAGGCUCCCUGGGAUCUGUCUACCGCAAGCGAAGCCAUGUGCCUGAGAUGGAUCAGCAUCCCGAUGGUGCAGUGCCGACCAUCAUGGAGGAGGGUGACGAGGCAGCGCAAGACCAGUCUCGUGGUAUGAUGGGUUUCCAGCGACGUCUGAACCCUGCACAGGCGACUGGUUUAUUGGGCGAGCUAGCUCUCAAGGUGCCCAAGUACGACGAGGAUUCCGAGGCAACAGGUACUGCAGACAUCGAGGAUGCCGCCGGCGGCGAUAUUACCCCUACAGAAGCACCCAGAUCCGAGGACAAGGCGGACUUGGACAAAAAGGCAAUGCCCCCACCACCACCUCCUCCUCCUCCUCCACCACCACCACCUGGUGGCGCAGCGAUUGCAAUUCCUCCACCUCCGCCGCCCCCGGGAGGCGUUUCUAUACCACCUCCACCUCCGCCAGGUGGUGCAAAGGGAAUUUCCGUCCCGCCGCCUCCUCCUCCCCCCGGCGGUGCCAAACCGGGACUUCCUCCCCCUCCCCCUCCUCCGGGAGGUGCUUCUGGCAUCCCUCCUCCACCUCCUCCAGGAGGAUUAUCUGGACUUCCUCCUCCGCCUCCCCCAGGAGGAUUAUCUGGACUUCCUCCUCCGCCUCCCCCAGGAGGGGCCAUUCGUGGACCUCCUCCUCCACCUCCCCCAGGAGGAGCUAUCGGUGGUCCGCCGCCGCCUCCCCCGGCUCCCGGAGCCAAGGGCUUCGCACCUCCCCCUCCGCCCCCGCCCAGUGCUCCCCUGGGUGCUGGUUGGAGACCCAACUACAUGGCCGGAGAUCCAGUUCCUGGUGCCACUCAUAUGCCUUUUAUUCGUCCUAAGAAGAAGCUCAAGGCCUUGCACUGGGACAAGGUGGAUACUCCCCAAGUGACUGUUUGGGCUGGCCACGCCCCAACAGCCGAGGACAAAGAAGAGAAGUAUACCGAUCUAGCCAAGAAAGGUGUAUUGGACGAGGUUGAGCGGCUGUUCAUGGCGAAAGAGACCAAGAUCUUUGGGGCCAGCACUGCAGCCAAAAAACGCAAGGACAAGAAGCAGAUUAUUUCCAACGACCUGUCCAAGAAUUUCCAGAUUGCUCUUUCGAAAUUCUCACAAUUUCCUCCCGAUGACGUGGUUCGCAUGAUCAUCCACUGUGACCGAGAUAUCUUGGAUAACAUGGUGGUCAUGGAUUUCCUGCAAAGAGAAGAGAUGUGCAGUAUCCCGGAGAACGUUGCAAAGUUGAUGGCGCCGUAUAGUCAGGACUGGACUGUCCCGGGUGCUGCCAGUUCUGAGCGUGAGCAAGAUCCUACUGAGCUCACGCGUGAGGAUCAGAUCUAUCUGGCUACUUCCUAUGAGCUGAACCACUAUUGGAAAGCGAGAAUGCGGGCUCUUGCACUGACUCGGACCUUUGAGCACGAGUAUGAAUACAUCUCGACUAGGCUGCAGGAUGUUGUCAAUGCCAGCGAAUCUUUGCGGGAUUCCGUUGCUCUGAUGAACGUCCUUGGUCUUAUCUUGGAUAUUGGAAAUUUUAUGAACGACGCCAACAAACAGGCCCAGGGUUUCAAGCUCAGUUCGCUCGCUCGCUUGGGCAUGGUUAAGGAUGACAAGAACGAGACCACCUUCGCCGACCUAGUCGAGCGUAUCGUUCGCAACCAGUAUCCCGAGUGGGAGAGCUUCUUCGAGGAGAUCAGCGGUGUGGUUGGCCUUCAGAAGGUCAGCGUUGACCAAUUGUGCACCGAUGCCAAGAAGUACAUCAGCAAUAUCAAGAACGUCCAAUCCAGUUUGGAUGCGGGCAACCUGAGUGAUCCGAAGAAGUUCCAUCCCCAGGACCGCGUCAGCCAGGUCGUCCAGCGAAGCAUGAAGGACGCUCGCCGCAAGGCUGAACAAAUGCAGAUUUACCUAGACGAGAUGGUCAAGUCCUAUGAUGAUAUCAUGGUAUUCUACGGCGAAGACAACACGGACGAAAACGCACGGCGAGACUUCUUCGCUAAAUUGGCUUCAUUCUUGCUUGAGUGGAAAAAAUCACGAGAGAAGAAUAUUGGCCUCGAGGAGGCUCGGAAGCGCACCGAAGCGUCUCUCGCUCGCAAGCGGAUCAAUGUCAAUCUUGCCAAUGGCGCUGCUCCCGCCGAAAUCCCGAACUCCCCCGCCACAAGUGGUGCGAUGGACUCGUUACUGGAGAAGUUGCGUGCUGCUGCGCCUCAGGCCAAAGAUCAGCGCGAUCGUCGCCGUCGUGCUCGUCUCAAGGAACGCCACCAGGUUCGUGUGGCUUCUGGCCAGCACCCGCCCGGCACAUCUGGUGCCGAAGAAGGCGAUGCGGCCACUGAUCAGCCUGCUGAAGGCGAAGCCAAGACUGAUGAAAACGGUCUGUUGAGCCCUCCAGUUGCCGAAGGAGAAGAGGGCGCCAAGGAGGCUCAAAUCUCCGAAGGCGAAGACGUUGCGGACCGUGCAGCUAGCAUGCUCAUGGGAUUGAGAAGCAACUCUGACGCCAGUGGCGAACGCCAACGACGACGAAGAGAGAGUGCCGACGAGGAGCGGCGCAACCGUCGCAUGCGACGACGUAAUGGAGCCACUACUGGAAGCAAAGACAGUGCAGAUGGCGGUCUGUCAACGGUCCCCGAACCUUCAUCUCCCUCACAAACGGAUUCCCUCGGCCCCGAAGAUCCACUACCAAGCCCUCCCGCAGAACCACCUUCUAUUGUGAUCUCGGAGCAGCAUGAGCCCUCAUCACCAGAACCUCAUGAUGGUUCCCCCGAACACCCGAUUGAAUUAUCGGAUUGA